AUGGGAAACUUCUUCCGGAAGCACUGUGCCUGUUUGAAGCCUUACCUUCCCUGCUUAUUUGGGAGAAACGGUGAGCAGGAAGACAAAGGAGGCCAAGUCUUCGCCAACCUUGCUGUGAUAAAACCUGACCCUCAAGCAGGACAGAAGGACAUAGAGAGUAAGAUAAAAGAGAAACCUUUACCUCCACUGCCUGGCCAGGAGCUAGCAAACAUUUGCAAAUUUGUGGCGCUUUUCGAUUAUGACGCUCGCACUGAGGAUGACUUGAGCUUCAGAGCUGGGGAUAAGCUGGAAGUGCUGAAUGCAUCCCAUGAGGGGUGGUGGUAUGCCAAGCUCCUCCUGCCAGAGUGGUCAGUCUGUCCUGGCCGCAAGCUCACGGGCUACAUCCCUGCCAACUACAUUGCUGCUGACCAGAGCAUCGAAGCUGAGCCAUGGUUCUUUGGCCCAAUCAAACGAGCAGAUGCUGAGAGACAACUGUUGUACCCUGAAAACAAGGAAGGAGCCUUCCUAAUCCGAGAAAGUGAAAGUCUAAAAAGCGAAUACUCACUCUCAGUUUUUGAUGGCACAUCUGUGAAGCACUACAGGAUCAAAAGGAUGGAUGGAAGCUUUUUCCUAACCAAAAGGAAAACUUUUCAAACUUUGAAUAUGUUGGUUGACUAUUACAGCAAGAACAGUGAUGGCCUCUGUGUGUUGCUUGGACAGCCAUGCCUAAAGAUACAAACUCCUGCUACUUUUGAUUUGUCUUACAAAACUGUUGAUCAGUGGGAGAUAGACCGACGAUCUCUGAAAUUGGUGAAAAAAUUAGGAUCUGGUCAGUUUGGUGAAGUAUGGGAAGGACUGUGGAAUAAUACCACCCCCGUGGCAAUCAAAACAUUAAAACCAGGUUCAAUGGAUCCAAAAGACUUUCUGAGGGAAGCACAAAUAAUGAAGAACUUGAGACAUCCAAAGCUUAUACAGCUUUAUGCUGUCUGCACUUUGGAGGAUCCAAUUUAUAUUAUUACUGAGCUGAUGAGAUAUGGAAGUCUUCUAGAAUACCUUAAAAAAGAUGGAGGCUCUCAAAUCUCCCUGACACAUCAAAUAGACAUGGCUGCUCAGGUGGCUUCUGGGAUGGCAUACCUUGAAUCUCAGAACUAUAUCCAUCGGGAUCUGGCAGCCAGGAAUGUUCUUGUUGGUGAGCACAAUGUUUACAAAGUGGCAGACUUCGGACUUGCAAGAGUUUUUAAGGUAGAAAAUGAAAAAAUAUAUGAAGCUAGGACUGAAACAAAACUCCCAGUGAAAUGGACAGCCCCGGAGGCAAUUCGCUACAACAGAUUCAGCAUUAAAUCAGAUGUCUGGUCCUUUGGGAUACUUCUGUUUGAAAUAAUUACCUAUGGGCAGAUGCCUUAUCAUGGUAUGCCGGGACACCAGGUGAUCCAGCUGCUGGACAGUGGGUACAGACUUCCUCAGCCGGAGACGUGCCCAGCGCCACUCUACAAGCUGAUGAAGCAGUGCUGGAGCGCGGAGGCCGAGGAGCGGCCCACCUUUGAGGCCCUCAGCGACCAGCUGGAGAACUACUUCAACAACGAGCUCUAUUCCUUUGCCUAG